AUGGCUAGUUCAGAGUAUUUGGAGCCGUCAUUGAAAAAGAAACCCAAGACAAAAACAUGGUGUUCAGCUGUGAACUGUUCGAAGAAUAAAAGUUCAAAUCCAGAACUCAGUUUUUUCCGAUUUCCGUCUGACCCAGCAAGGUACUGUAAGUUGUCUGGUGUGCUACAAAUGAUUUUUUUCACUUUGCUGUUCAUGUUCAGGCCUUUAAAAUUUAAAUAAUAUACAAGUUGAAAAUGAUGUACUAUAGAUCCAAAGAAUGGGUGAACUUGUGUAGACGUUUGGAUCUGAUGGACAAGACUAAAAAAUAUUGGUAUAACAAUUGUAAAUUGUGUUCCGAUCACUUUGAAGAUUGUAUGUUUUACAACGAUCUCCGAAAUCGCCUAAAGUCAGACGCAAAGCCAACUUUGUUUGAGAUACCAAAUCCUCCUCCAACAAUAAGUUCAAUACGACGACCACUGCAAAGGGAACAAACUUUGACUGCCCCUCCAGGUAAUUACACUUCUUAGACCUAUAUAAUUACAAAGAUCAUGCAUGAAAUAGUCUCCAACGGCGUAGUCAGCAACAUAAUUGGGUCCAUACUCGUAUAUUCGUGUUCACAUACUUAAAACAAUGACUUCAAAAGAAAUUAAUAAUGCAGAACAGGAAUAUAUGAAUAUGAACCGCUCUCGUAACAUCUAACCCAGUCAACUACGUAUUUUACUCUACAAAGGCAAUUAAAUAACUAACCAUCUUGGUUUAGAAAAAAAGAAGAAAACGGAAAAGCAAUUAGAUGAUAAGACGUGUGUGACAAAUUAAGAAAUUUGUAAGUCUAUAUUACUAAGUAUUACAGUAAACGUUAGUACACUUUAAACAAAGUAAACCUUUAUUUCCGGGUCACAAUACUAUUUUUUACCGUUUAUAUUUCUAAAUAGCUUAAAUAUUUAAUUUAAUCUUCGACUGAUAUCAAGCGUAUGUUAGGGAGAGGCGAGUUACGGUUAAUCUUCGACUGAUUAACAGCAAGUGUAUGUUAGGGAGAGGCAGGUUACAGGGAUAUACCCUUUCGAUCUUUCGUCACGAUAACGUUUCACUUUGACGAAACAAGGCGUUUGGUUUACCAUUUUAAGCAGGACUCCCAGCCACAAACAUACUCAUGACGUAAUUAUUGAAACGGUCGCCAACAAGGGUGGAUUUAUAGGGGGGAGGGGGCGGGGGGUGCGCAGCCCUGUUGACUUGGUCAAACAGAGGUGAAAAAAAUCAAAUUCAGAAAUACGGCAUAAUUUCCAAUGUUUUGCCCAUAUCGCAGGAAAUGGCAUUUCUAGGGUUCUGAUUUUCAAAAUUUUCCGCGGGUAUACCCCUGGACUCCGAGGAAAUUUGCUCGAGUCAUUAGGAAGCCAAUUCAUUUGAAUGCUCUCCCACCACCUCCUAAAGAAUUAUAAAGAAACACUCAGCUGCUCACCCAGCACCCACCCCCUAGAAAAACCUUGCCAGAUCCACCCCUGGUCGCCAAAGGGGCUACAAAUUGAAUAUAUGUACCUUUUAGAUUGAGCAGAUGGGUUAAAAUGCGUUUAGAAAAUCAUUCAUAAUUUCAAUGUCCUCUCAUCAUUAUUUAGAAGUUCUAAAUGUCCAAACGGACACAAUCUUAACGGCAUCGACCAGCAGUCAAACAACCGACGAAAUUUCGAGCAACACCCCUAGAAAAAUGAAGCAAAAACAGGCCAUAAAGGCCCAAAAGCAAAAGAUAAAAAGGUUAAUAUCAUCAUUGGGCAAGGCACAGAAAGGAAAGCAUGCUCGGCAAGAAAAAGCCUUGGAUGAAGCCCCAGCGAACCUGGCAAAUUUUGUGAGGAUGCAGAUAAAAUUGCACGGAAAGAAGAAACGAGGUAGAAGGUACUCACCUGAGUUAAAGUCAUUGGCCAUAUCAAUAUUCCAUGCCAGUGGGAAGGCUUAUCGUCUGCUGCCAAAACGUUUCAUAUUACCAUCAAAAUCAUCUCUUCAUCGUAUAUUUCAAGAAUGCCCAAUAAGACCGGGAUUUCUCAAGGGUCCUUAAAAAUAAUAGAGAACAAGGUUAUGCAAAUGAAUCUCCGAGAGAAGGAAUGCACUUUGUGCAUGGAUGAAAUAUCACUGAAAACAAACUUGUUUUCCUGUGUACCUGUUGGCAAGAUCGUCGGUUUAGAGGACUUUGGAGGUGGUUAUCGAACCAACAAAGUGGCGACGUCUGCUUUUGUUCUUCUCAUCCGCAGCAUUUCUGGAAAUUGGAAGCAACCGCUUGCAUAUUAUUUGGUGAAUGGAGGAUGCCCAACUGAUACCAUGGAGGAUAUUGUCAAAGAAGCCAUUGAUAAGCUAGAAUGUAUUGGCUUGAAUGUUGUGGUGGUGAUGUCUGCCCAGGGUUCAAAUUUCUAUAGCCUUGCCACACGUCUUAAAGUCACUCCUGAUGAACCAUGGUUCAUGCACAAUGGAUGGAAGAUCUUUUUUAUCUUUGAUCCUCCUCAUCUGAUAAAAAGUGUGAGAAACAACUUCAUGAAGUAUUCCUUGAGGUUUGGAGAACAUGGAAAGAUAUUGAAGCAGUAUAUGUAUAGAUUCAGCACUGCCCAUACGAUCGGCUCCAAAAUUGACUGA